AUGUCCGAGAUCUUAAUAUUAAUAGAGGAGAGCAGAGGCGAGAUUUCACCGAAGAAUACACUUAUCCCAGGGAGCAAAUGUCGGUUGCUGAAGGGAAGCAACGGAAACAAUGUUGUAUUGAAGGAGAUAUCGAAGACCUGUGCACCACACCUUGUUAUCAGAUAUAGGUCCGUCAGCGAUGAGGUCUCGACUAAUAACAAGCAGCUUUUCCAAAUUCUUUGUUCCCGCAGAGGGUGCACCGCUGGAGUGGUCGCGGUCGGGACCCGAAUGCUUCGCCCAGGCCGUGAAAAAGAUGACAGGGCAGGUUUUCUAUUCUCGUCGAGAUCGCCACAGCUAUCAGAGCGGAGGCCUAACGAAAUUGAGACCGCAUAUCUCUUAGAAUCAAUAAAAACGAGUUCCAGCUGGUGGGGAACGGGACUCUUCUUGAAGACGAUCCUCAGCAACCUUCAGCCGUUGCUUAAGGUCUUCGACCUCCGCGGAUCCGGAGACGUGUCAAGAAAGACGCGACGUAUGCCGCAGGACGAUGAAUUGGUGGAAUGA